AUGGAUAAAAAACCCACCGUAGUUUUGAGGAGGAUCGAGGAAGGAGCACAGGCGAGUGCGAAAGAAAAUGAGGCGAUGCAAACAGACUGCCCCCCGGGGCAACGAGAGGGGAGGACCAAGGCAGGCCCUUCGAGCGUGGAUGCACCCAGGAGCAGAGAGAAAGAUACUGCCCCGAGGUAUGUGGACUCGCUAGAGGACACGGAUACCGAAGUCGAAGCUGAUGCUGAGGACUUCGAAGAGCCCGAGGAGAGGAGAGGCAGGCCCCCGACGACGGGCAAGGGCCUCUUCAUGAAAGAACGGAAGGAAGCUAAGAAGGAGGUGAAACGUCUCAAGGCGCAACAGAAAGCCCUAAGAAGUGUCCUGGACAGGAGAGUCCUCCCAAACUCCCGGGAUAGAAGGGGAAUAACCCCCGAGAGGGUGACAGCCAGACAAAUGGCUGACAUGUCCGUGGAGCAGAUAGCCGCGGAGCUAACGGAAUAUAUCGACAUCGUGGAUAAGGUGGCAGACACUUCAAAAAAUUUGAAGGGCACCUAUGUCCACCUACUGCGCAAUUCGGCCUGUAAGAUCAGAGCCGCCACGACAGUCCUUGCCGGGAAACAAUCACCGACAACGGGCGAGGAGAACAGUGAACUCUCCAGAUUGAGGGAGAGAAACAAGGAACUGGAGGGCCAGGUGGCUCAACUCGCGGUAGCGCUGCUGCAGCAACAACAGCAGCAGAGGCCAAGCGAGGAAGAGCCAAAGCAGGCAGAGAGGCCCCUGCGGAAGAGGAAGCUCCGUAGACUGGCAGAAUCCUCGGAAGACGAGGGGACAGACCCGCCACGUACUACCCGGGUCAGUGAUGACACUACCCAGGAGUGCGCUGGCGCAGGGGCGGCAGACGAUAAGGCAGUCGCGGCUGCAGAGGAGGACCCCCCGGUCCUUCGACCGGCUGUUAGAGGGGCCAAGAAGAGGCUGGAGGGACCGUCCGAGGAGAGGGCCCUGGAGGAGGUCCGGAGGGUAAUGGAGAGCAUUUCGCUCCGGAGCGUCCGCUCGGGAGAUGCCCAAGAAAUAAGAUGCUGCACAGCCAAGGAAGGUCGCAGCACUGUGCCCAGCCAGGCGCCGAAAAAGGCGACUGGGACGAAGAAGAAGGAGACGUCCAAGCCAACACCCGUAACAGGAGGAAGCACUGGGCAGGGUAAGGGCGACGCCACUAACAAGGAAGUGGCUAGGAAGAGGGCUGCUAGCCAAACCAGGCCUGGAAAAGGAGCUACCGCCCAGAGGACUGCAAGUCGCACGAGGGCUGCUCAGCCGCGGGACACCCGCAGUGAGGAAGGGCCCACGACCUCGAAGGGCAAGACUAGCAAGCCCACACAGGCAACUCAGGGGUCCUGGGUUGAAGUGGUGAAGAGGGGCCUAAAGAAGAGGACGGCGCCGGCGCAAAACGGUCCCUCCCAGAGGAACGAGGCGAGCACUCCGGCAACCAGCGGGAAGAAGACCCCUACCGCAAAGUGCAGGAAUCCUAGGGCGCAGGCGGUAACCCUCACAUUCCCUCCAGGCAUGUAUGCCGAGGGUAUGAGGAUUAUCAAGUCCCAAAUCCAACUGGAGGAUUUGGGAAUAAGUGAGGUCAGACCAAGAAGGGCCUUGACUGGGGCCCUCAUUUUAGAGGUCUUAGGCGAGGACGCUAAGGUGAAAGCCGACCAGCUUGCGGAUAAAAUUAAGGUCGUCGUGGGGGAUACCGAGGGGGUAAAGGUUGCCCGCCCGACAAAGCUAGCCGAACUGCGUGUCAAAGACCUUGACGACUCGGCUACGCAGGAGGAAGUUAAAGAGGCGGUGGCCAAGGUGGGGGGCUGUGAGCCUCAUGAGGUGAAGGUGGGCCCACUGAGGCGUGCUACGAAUGGACUUAGCACGGCGUGGGCACAAUGCCCCUUGGCCGCGGCGAAGCAGGCCGCCAAGUCCGGCAGAAUUAAGAUAGGUUGGGUGUCGGCAAGGGUGGACCUGCUAGACGCGAGGCCGCUGGUAUGUUACCGGUGCCUGGAGCGGGGCCACGUGCGGCAACAAUGCCGCAGUGCUCAGGACCGUAGCAACCUCUGCUACAGGUGUGGGGGCGAGGGGCACAAGGCCCAAGCGUGCAGCGCGACGCCGAAGUGCCCGGUGUGUAGCGCGAAGGGGUUGCCGGCGGGGCAUAAGGCCGGUGGUGGGGGCUGCAGGCUGCCCCCCAAGAAGGAGGCAAGAAGAAUGGGUGCGGAAAGGCGAACGCAGUCGCAGCCGGCGCCUGUUGCAAGGGCCACCCAGGAGGCGGAGCAGAACAACCAGCGAGAGGAGGCAGAUAUGGAGGUGGAGUCGUCCCAGGUUCCUGCGGCAAUCCACACCACGGAGGGGGCUUGGAGGAAGCCCACACUGAGGCCCCGCAAUGCCCAUAAAAAUCUUGCAGACCAUGGCGGAGCGUGGUUGCUGUCUGGGGGUGAUUGCGGAACCUCUAAGCGUCCCGGACCAUCCGUGCUGGGCCGGGAGUUUAGAUGGAAAGGCGGCAAUCUGCUGGAGGAGGGUGGAGGACAGGCAUAUCCCCACCACUAA